GCAUAGUCUUUACCGGUGUCGACAGACCACACUGGUAUGCCCAAAAGGAAACUGCGUUUAUUGUGAAACAUCGAUCAUUCAGUAUGUUUUUAAAGAUGUUUUUGUUCUUGUGGUUCCUUUUUUGACGGUCUGGACUUCGUUUGAGGUUAGAACUAAAAUAGUAAUAGUAAUACUCCGUCUGUGCACGUGUGUACGCUAGCACAUAAGCUAGCUACAGCAAAGUAGUACAGUGUAAAAGCGACCGAGUGAAGAAAACAUCUAUCUGAAAUUGAUUUCCCGUGUGAAUUGUACGUUAAUUAAUGUAAAGCCAUUGUUGACAGCUCAACAAGCUAUCUUAUCGUGUCUUUUUCACGUCUUAUUUUAAGUAGAUUAUUGUCUGCUUAUAGUGUGUAUAUUAGGACAUGCCCAGCCACCGAUUUGAAUUACAGGACUAAAUAUAAUAAUUUUUUGUGUAAUUGUUAAAGCUAUAAUAUUUUUUUGACCCGCAUGUUUAUCUUUUCUUUUCGAUAUAUAAAUUGACCACUAGAUGUCACCGCUGGGACAUUCUUGAAUCAGCACACGGUUGAGUGAAAAUGUCCACAUUAGUGGCCUAUGAGGACUCAGACUCUGCGGAUGAAUCCAACGACCAAAAAGGAUCAGGGGUUGUCCAGGAAGAAUCUUGCAGGCAGGGAGACGAACAAGCGAGAGUGACACCAAAUCCUGACAGGACAGAGUUGGAUUAUGACCAGCACAUUUCAGAAAAAGACAAUAGAUCUUUACAAAAGACUAGCUGUUUACCAGCACCUCAACAGACGAUGUUUGGACUGCAAACGCUUCCUUUUAUGCUGCCAAGUGUUCCCACUAAGUCCAAAAGACCCUCCACAGUCCCAUCUGGUGUCAGACCCUACAUUCCCAAGAGGCAAAGACUUGUCACUUGUGGAGAGAAAGAAGAUAAUCCCACACAGAGAGUCCACAACAAAGAUGGCCAAAUUCUCUCUGAAGUGUCAUCACAAGUGAAGCUGCAUCUUUCUCAAAAGCCUGCUGCUGCUGGGAUACCAAGGAGGCUUCUUCUGAGCGUUGAAGGCCACCAGGGUCCAGUAAACACGGUGCAAUGGUGUCCAGUUCCUCAGAGGAGUCAUCUAUUGCUGUCUGCCUCCAUGGAUAAGACAUUUAAGGUGUGGGACGGAGUGGAGAGUGGACGAUGCCUGAGGGUUUACACCUGCCACUCGGGAGCUGUGCGAGAUGCCUGUUGGACCCCCUGCGGGCGACAGCUCCUCACUGGCUCGUUUGACGGCACAGCUGUGGUCACAGACGUGGAGACAGGCCUGCAGACAGUGAAAUCGGAUAACCAGUUCAAGGUGAUGUGUGUGGCUUCGCACCCCAGCAACUCAGAGGUGUUCCUGUGCGGAGGCUACAGUUCAUUGGUCAAGGCAUGGGACUCUCGCUGCUGCAAGGUGGUGAAAGUGUACAAGGCAGGUAUCCAGCAGACUUUGGACAUUCUCUUCCUGAGAGGUGGUUUAGACCUCAUCACAAGCUCUGACUGUGUCAGCAGAGACUCUGCAGACCGUACACUAAUUGCAUGGGACUUCCAGACCACAGCCAGGGUCUCCAAUCAGAUCUACCAUGAGCGGUACACCUGCCCUAGUCUGGCUCUCCAUCCCCAGGAGGACUACUUUGUCGCCCAGACCAACGGCAACUAUAUGGCGGUAUUCUCUUCCCAGCGGCCCUAUAGAAUGAACAAGAGGCGCCGCUAUGAAGGACACAAGGUGGAAGGAUAUGCAGUGCAGUGUGAGUUUUCUCAGGACGGAACAAUUUUAGCAUCCGGCAGCUCGACCGGCUUGGCCCACUUCUACGACUACCACAAUGCCCGCCCUCUACAUACCCUCCAAGCCCACAGCCAACCGUGCCUGUGUGUAUCCCAACAUUCCGUCCUGCCAGCCACCGCGGCCACUUGCGACUGGGCUGGAGCGAUCAAAGUCUGGCACUGAUGAUGCUAAAGGGACAAUAUGGAACUUAAAUGUUAGUGUUUCCAUGGACUUCCUGCUUCAAACCCAAAUGGUCUGUUUAAUUUACUCCAAGAGGACUUCCAGAUACGUAGGUCCACUGUGCAGGAUAUCAUAGGCUGCAAUUACAUUACUUUUUGAUGACUCAAGUCGCAGGCCAUAAGAUACAAUUCAGAAAAUGGCAUGGGGGCCGCAUGUUUGAGACCACUGCUCUAAAGGAUGAGGCUUGUCCAAACCAGAAUUGUUUGUUGUCAAAUUACAGUCAUUACGAUACAAUGGAGUGGGCCAUGAAGCUCACCACAUGUCACUGACAAGCACUGGCAUAUUGUAUUUAUCCACUACUAAUUGACUGUGUAAUAUUACAUUAAUAAGUACAGGGAAUCAUGUGUAGUGGGAAUUCACAUAAGUUGUAUCGUAACAUACCACCUCUAUUUAGCCAUCCAUCCAUUUUCUAUACCACUUAGAGGGUGUAGAAGGGUCACAGGUAUGCUGGAGCCUAUCCCAGCUGUCUUGGGUGAGAGGCGGGGUACACACUGGACUGGUCGUAUCUCUAUUUACUCUUCUUGAAAAUGUGUGACACAAUAAAAGUGCCAUAACAGAGAAGAUAGUUGUAUUAAUCAGCAGCAUUUUGUGGUGUGCUUUGUAGAAAGUAAGUGUAUAUUUCUUUAACAAUUGGCAUAAAGUUCCUACACAGGAGCUGAUUGGCGUCAUUGCCUCUUGUCAUGACUGAGUUGCCAGAACUGGCUGUCACAAAGACGUCGUUAUCAGUCGGGAGCUGCAUUCCCCCCCAAAAAAACUUGAUAUGCAAAUAUUCAUAUUUGAGAGAGAUUGGCCUGGGGGGUGCUUUGUUUCCCAAGCACAUGGAGGCUUCAGAGACUCACUGCUGACAGCCCAAAUAUGCAAAUGGCCUCUCCACACAAAGACAACUACAACCUGCCAACACACAUCCGCCUCCCCCCCCUCCCAAAAGCCUCUUGUGGACACAUCCAAACAAAACAGAUACACACAAGGCCUGUUUCGCUUAUUGAAGAAGUUUUGAAGUGAAGUGGAUAAAAAGUGUGUCACCUCAAGUUCUUUCACGUAUUCUGCUUGAGAUUCCAGCUCUUCAGUGGACCACAAAUGAAGUCCAAACCUCGUGAGAUGCAAUUACGGAAGACUUCACGGAGGAGUGCAGACAACUCCACCGCAGUUACAAAAAAAAAAAACCCUGAGAUGUUCUUUCUUCAUUAAAUAAGUUUUCCAGAUCACCUUCAUGCAAAGCAUAUGCUGUGGGAAAAAACAGCUUUUACAAAAAAAUAGUGUUUUUUUUUUUUUUUCUUUUUUUGUGGCAGACACAAGCACGGUUGGCUUGCUGCUCUUAAAAGUGGGAGACCUUGGCAGGAUCUUACAUCAGCAUUUUUAGUUUUUCAAGUUGAACAACUUCAUCAGCUUUGAGGCAGCUGCUUGGCUCAGCUCAGGCCUCACUGAUUGGACCUGGAUGAUGUAGUUCAUCCAUCACAUUUCAAAUCUGUACUAUAUCUUAUUAACCGGCCCAAAGUAUGUACGGUGCAGCAUCAAAGGUCAUUGGUUGACUUCCAAGUUGUUGAAUUUCCUAUUGGAAUGUAGAAUGAACUGGCUCCAAAAAAACCUUUAAGUGCAGGGAACGUUUUACAUGAUAUUUUUAAUAUGAAUAGAUUCAAACCACUUUAUAAUUACGCAAUAUAAAAAGUAAAGCUAAAUUUUUGCCUGAUAAGAAGAUAUUUUCAAAAGGAUAUGUUCUUAGAAUUCCUGUCAGCUAUGUGCUAUUAUGUUAGCAUAUACACAACAACUGUAUUGAUCAACUCUUCUGCACACAAAGGGUGACAAUUUGUCAAAACAUGCCCCCCUACUAUGUUUGCUUUGCUAUUAUUUUCCUGACAAAUACACCAUGUGGUGUUGCUCUUAUUAAACCCCAAAGUGUGAACCCAUAAAUCA